GAAAUAUUCAACUCCUAUUACGUAUAGGCACUCGUAGUGUAAGAACAACGCGCCAUGAUCUUUUGCUUUGGUAAUUCCAUAGUCACCCAAGGCAAAUCAGAAUGUGGCACAUGGAUGGUUGCUGCCUGUUUUGAUGAAGGACUCUCGACCCCAGUUGGAUGUAAGAUUAUAUAAUGCUAGAAGAACAUGAAGUGGAUCUUAUACGAGAAAGUCCACGAUCCUCCUGCGCUAGCCAAGAUUCUAUAAAAUAACCCAGCUGCCGCUAUCUCUCAUUGAUGUAGUGUAGGCAAGCAUCACUUUACUUCCAUCUUGUGUCUCUCGUUCGCAUCAUAGCAUUUCAAGAUGGCUCAAAUUUCUUCUCGUUCUCUCAUUCAGUUCCUCCUGUCCGCUACAGGGGUCUUUGCCGGACUGACAGUUGAUGUUGAUGAUGCUGCUUCUAUCAAGAAGGCCGCGGCCAUCGUAGCCGAAGAUCUCAUGAGCUACUAUACGGGCGACAUCCCCGGAAUCUUGCCUGGACCGCCUCCUGAAGGUGAUUAUUAUUGGUGGACCGGUGGUGCCUUAUGGACCUCCCUGCUGGACUAUAGAAGCCGUACCAAUGACAAUCAGUACGACGACAAGAUUUCAGAAGGUCUUCUGUUUCAGCGAGGCGAAUCUGAUGACUAUCUACCAGCCAAUUGGACCCUGUCGAUCGGUAAUGAUGACCAGGCUAUCUGGGCAAUGGCAGCUCUACUAGCUGCUGAGACAGGCUUCACCGACCCAGCAGAACGCAAUCUAAAGUCAUGGAUCAGUCUGGCGCAAAACGUCUAUAACCAAGAAUCCGAUCCAAGUCGACGGGUCAGCAAUGGAUCUUGUGAGGGCGCUCUACGUUGGCAGAUUUAUCGGACCAACAAUGGGUAUAAUUAUAUUGCUACCAGUGCCAGCGCGGCCUAUGCCAAUCUGGGCGCUCGGUUGAGUGUCUGGAAUGGGAAUAAUGAGACACAAGCCAAGUCAGUCGAAGAUACUUUCGACUGGCUACAGGAUGUGAACAUUAUAGACGAUAAGUUCAAUGUUUUCGAUGGGGCUAUGGUCCCUGACUGCGAUAGUAUUAACAAGCUCCAAUUCUCUCACAAUGCUGCCCUGUUCUUGGAAAGCGCAGCCGUCAUGUACAACUCAACAAAUGGUGAUGAGAAAUGGAAGACGCUGGUUGAUGGCUUGCUGAAGCGAACGAUCGACGUCUUCUUUCCGGACGGGGUUGCGACGGAAGUCUCUUGUGAACUUACUAAGACUACAUGUACUACGGAUAUGACUUUCUACAAGUUCUUCCUACACCGAAGUCUAGCCGCAACGAUGAGAAUCGCUCCGUACACAGAGAGUAAGAUCCUCCCAGCACUCAAAAGUAGCGCUGCGGCGGCCGUCACCAGCUGUGUCGGCGGCAAGAAUGGACGCAUGUGUGGGUUGGAUUGGUCUGGCAAUUCCGACGAUUUGAUGAACGCGGGGUCUCAGAUGAGUGUUCUGAGCGCGCUUCUCAGCCUUUUGCCCGUGGAAAAGCUUGCCAAACCCGGCAGCGAGACUAGUGGCACAACCACUCCAACUCCCACGGAUACCGCGUCUGGGCAAUCCACAACAUCCACAGUCCCUGACAACCUUGGUACCCAUAUCGGUGUCAGCUUCGUCGCACUAUUGGGGGCCCUGUCAGCCAGCUUCGUGUUUAACUGAAUAUAGUGUACUAUGAGUUCGAUCAACUAGUGUAACCGGCCCUACGGUGUGCUGUCUCUGUAUUCAAAGCAGUCUUCGCCAACUCAAUUGCGAGCCUGUCUCUUAACCUUACUUUAAAUAUUUUACAUUACAAGCUUGCACGU